AUGGAAUCCAAGCGCGAGGCCUAUACCAAAAUCAUGGGGGAUGGGGAUGGCACCUUCCUCUAUAGCCCCCAAUGGUUUUCAAAAAUGGCUCUGGGAUCGGUUGGUUAUUUCGAUAAAAGCGGAGGAUGGAGGGAAAUCACCAAUCUCAUGGAGGAAGGCCGCCCAGAGCGAAACGGAUUCAAGCCAUUCGACCGGGAUGGCCUGGAGUAUGACAAGCCUGAGCCAUUCUAUUGGGAAAAGAACUCGUCAGAGAUUGAGAAGGGACGGAGUUCUCGAGUCACGACCGAAGCCUCCGGUGCCAUGGCCGCUGCGCCAGUCGAUGCAUCGGUUCAGGUGAAGUUGAGCAACUCGAAGACCGGCUCAGCAGCCCUCGUCACCGGGUCAGAGGUGCAAAAGCACGGGAUCUCAGGUCACCCCAAAUAUCGGAUGAUCGACUGGGUGACAGCUAAUACAACCGAACUUCUUGAGCAUCGAGACUUUGGUCGCGAACUCAAACAGAAGAAGGAAUUGUGGGCGGUCGCUAUAACAUGGGUUACCAAGGAGUGUGCGACCAAUGUGACCAAGGGCAAGAAGCAAGAGAUAGAUCUGUCCCUAGACGUGGGUGCGACGGGGAUUGGUAAGGUGGGCGGCGGUAUCGGGUUGUUUGAAAAGCUCAAGAGUGAAGGGGGUCAGUUGUUCCUCCCGGUCGAGGAUAGUAAGGGCUAUGUCGUCGCAUUUGGGGGAGUCCGCUAUGUUUUCUCGGGAGGGAUCGUGCGAAAGAAGACCCUCAGAGAGUAUAGACACACCAUAAGCAGACCAGUUCCAAAGGCUCCGUCCGUUUCAGACGAAAAUGCGCCUCAGAUCCAGACUCACACCUUGAAUCUGGGAAGAUGGGACCAAGGCCAGGAGACUGAGGAUGACGAAGUUGAUGCCGAGGGAGGGUUCGCGUGUGAAGUAGUCGGGAUGAGUGAAAGUGACACUGAGGCAGACAAGGAGGAUGCUCCACAAGUCGACCGCCACAAGGCAUUGGCCAUGAAGCUGAAACAAAUUAAAGAUAUUGAAGAUGAAGCGCAGAGAGCUGCGGAGUAUAAACAGCUGUUGGAGGACCCUGAGGCUCAGGCUAUCCUCUCAAAAAGGGGAUGA